AUGGCGUUCAACUUCAACUGGUCGCCAUUGUCGACCGACGCAGGCUUCCUCCCUCGAGCACAAGAACUCCUCACCAAUGCCCUCAAUCGAGCCGACCCUAAACCCGCUAUCAUCGUCGACGACAUCAUAGUCAACGAGCUGAACCUGGGCGAUGUGCCUCCCGAGCUGGAAAUCUUGGAGAUUGGUGAUCUGGCAGAGGAUAGAUUCCGGGGCACAUUCAAAAUGAUGUACAAAGGGAACGCAUAUCUCACGCUCAAGACCAAGGUGCAAGCGAAUCCGUUGAACACAUAUGUGCGCACACGAUCAGCUUUCGCAUCGCCCCAGCCAUUGGCCGCAGAUACAGGCCUUACGAUUCCUCUACAAAUAACCUUGUCAGAGUUUCGACUCUCUGGCUUCAUUAUAUUGGUCUUCUCCCGACAGAAAGGGCUGACACUGGUUUUCCGCAACGAUCCUCUCGAAUCCCUACGCGUCUCUUCGACUUUCGACUCAAUACCUUUUGUGGCCAACUUUCUGCAGAAGGAAAUCGAGAAUACGCUACGUGGGCUACUCAUGGACGAACUUCCAGCCAUCAUCCAUCGUCUCUCCUUGCAGCUAUUGGUACCCGAAUACAAAGUGCAUGAGGAAAGAGAGGUUGGGUCAGCCGCGACCGCAAAGGCCGAAGUGGUUGUCGAUCCAUUGGCGAGUCCUCCUCAAGACCCUGUCGAUUCCACGGGCAAUGCCCUGACACCAGCCGAAGUUGCGGCUCUGUCACUCGAUUCCUCUCUUGAGACGCUGUCGCUGUUUUCACGGAAGAAUUUGGUUAGACUGGCGACAUUGACUGAUUCCCAUCGUACGUUAUCUCUGUUCACACCACCCAUCCGGGACGCUGUGUUCAGAGCGUGGACCGGUCCGCUUGAGCGUGGAGAAAUGACGACGACAGGGACUUACAGCCGAACGCAAACUCCCGCGCUGUCGAGGACGCAUUCAUACGCUGGAAGUCUUAGCACUGCGACGACCUUUACUCUGGACGGUAGCUCCAAUACUCGACCCAGUCUACACAGUUUCCAUUCUUCUACAUAUGGCGUGAGUAUGGGCACUUCACGUCAUGGCCAGGGACAUAGGCCCCGCAGGAGGAAGAAGCGAGUCGUCGAUCUCCGAGCCCAUUCAGAGACCGGAGAGCCAGAAACUGUCACCGAGGACGGCUCAACCGCCGAUACCGCGAGUGUCUCGGAAAGCACCUCAGCAACGACACCUUCUGUAUUUUCUGCACCAGCGGCUACGAUGUCAUCAGACCCGAGUCGAAGUAUCGACGCCAUGUCCCCUCGAAGUCCUCUGAUGCCCAAACGAGGUGACACGCUUCAAGACCUGGAGGCACGGGCAAAUGAUCUGCGUAGUGUUAGUGAAGGAACACCUGGACCUUCCACGUUGCGCCGGAGUGAGGAGCAGACGGCGAAUAUCGAGGAUGGGCAGAGACCUCAAGAUCCCAAUGCGACGAUACGCGCACGGAACCGAAGACCUAUCCCUAUGACAUUCGACGAAGAUGACACUCCAAGGCAAUCGAUGUAUCUGCCAGAACAGCAAGAGCAUACGUUUGCAGAGUCGACGGCCCAGCCUUUCCACAGGUCUGCUGAGAAGCCGGGUCCUUCACGUCCAGCACUUUCAGCACUUCCAAGUUUCACUCAGUUCGUGACAGAUCCCAACAAUGCUAGCGGUAUCGCCGAAAGGGCAUGGAUGGCCAAAAUGGCUUCGGAAAUGGCACGAAGGUAUGAAGACGAGCGAUUGAAGGGCAGCUUUGGGUCAAUGUUCCAUCGGGAUGACGAACGGCCACCGCCACCGGCAUAUGCCCAGUAG